AUGGGCAAUCCAGGUCAUCCUUCCUACAUCACCCGCACCCAAAACUGGGACCCAGCCCGGGCGCACCCCGCCCUGGCGUGGAUGGAAAAAUGCACGCACGCCUGGGACACGCGGCAGAGCUGGACAACGCCCUACACGGACUGGGUGACGCCGGACUUUGUGUUCGUCAAACCCAACGGCGAGCGGUGCGAGGGCGGGCUCCCCGCGUGGGAGGCGAUGCGGCAGGAGUACGCGGCGUUUGCGCGGUCGCACCACGAGCCCAGCUGGGUGUGCGUGGUGGACUGUGACGAUGACGAGGGCGGGGGAUGGGAGUUUGUCGGCGAGGGGCAAUUGUUUAUUGAUCUACCAGACGGGAAGAUUCCCGGGGAGAAGAAGGCAAAGGAUCUGGAUGGGCAGGAGUGGGAUCUGGGCGUGGAGAGUAUGUUUCGGUUCCGGUUUGUGCACACCUCAGAUGAGCUGAAUGAGGGGAUUCGGAUCAAGCGGUUCCAGUUCUAUAGUGAUAGUGGGCCGGUGGUGGCGGAGAUGGUGAGGAGGGGGGUCGUGAGGGUGGAGGAUUUGUUUGGGUAG